GUACGAGGGAAUCGGUAUUCAGUGCUCAGUAAUGUGUGUUGUGCCGCAAGAUCAAACAAUAGCCGUGUCUUGCUAAUCCUCAGAAGGUUAUCGGACUUGGUUCAGAACAGUCGACUUUCAUCCGAUCGUUCGAAAUGUUACCGCAGAGAAGUUGGUUUUUGGUGUUCGUUGGUGGGUUUUACGUACUUAGUCAAGUCCACGGAGCAGAUACCCCAGGAUCACCGCGUGGAUCGCCGUACAGAAUAGACCUAGCACAAUACAAUCAAGCACUGCUGCCCAGGGUGCGUACCAUCAUCGAAGCAUCCGAGGUGGCUGAUGACCAAUAUGUUCCGUACUUUGAACUGCUGCCCGAGUACCGGGAACGUUUGAGCGGUAACUUUCUGAUCGAUGGAUUUGCACGUGCUCGCGAUGCGGCACGGUGUCUCACGUGCAUGUCCAGCUCGUAUCUGUUCCUGAGCUACUACAACGAAACGAUCGUGAACGGGCAGGGCAACACGGAACGGGUGUGGACGUUCGCGAAGCGCAUCUGUCGGCUGCUCGGUUUCAAGCAGUAUCUGUGUGAAGGUAUCGUCAACAUGAAUGGGCAGGUCAUCGAGUAUGUACUGCGCAAUCGUACACCGUUCCCAGACCCGGAGGAUAUCUGUCAAGUGUUUUUGCAGGAGCAGGACUGUGUGCGCGAUGUUGGAAGUAUAACGGAAGCGACACUGUACCGAUCGGUUGACAUCACUCCCCGGGCGGACGUGCGAUCGGCAAUGUUUGGGUCUUCGGAUGAAGCUGGUUCGUGUUCUAGAGAUGAUUUGCCACCAAGAAAAACGUCCGGCACACCAUUAACGAUCGUUCAUCUUACGGAUAUACACUACGAUCCGGAGUAUCUGGUCGGUGUAAAUGCGGACUGUAAGGCGGAAGCCUGCUGUCGGACAUUGCCCGAUCUAAAGCCGGCUACGACGGCGACGGCCGCUGGGUAUUGGGGUGAUUACCGGGACUGUGAUACACCGUGGCAUGCUGUGGUGGACGUGAUGGAACAUAUUCGUGAGCAGCACCCGAAGAUUGAUGCAAUCUACUUCACCGGUGACAUUGUGCAUCAUUUCACCUGGAAUACGACGAUCGAAACGAAUGAAUUUGCGAUGCGUCAGGUGUUUGAUCUGAUGAAGCGCACCUUCCCGGAAGUUCCACUCUAUCCGGUACUGGGUAAUCACGAAUCGCAUCCUGCUAACCUAUACGCUCCACACAACGUCGACGAAUCAUUCCGGACCAACUAUUUGUACGACUUCGUUGCGGAGCAGUGGGACGACUGGCUACCAAUCGAGGACAUCCGAGGAACGCUAGCUGAAGGUGGUUACUACACGGUUCAAACUCCUUACGGGGUGCGCAUUAUCGGGCUCAACAACAAUCCUUGCUUCGUGCACAACUUUUGGCUAUUUUACAGCCUUGACUACUUUCUGCCGCAGCUGCAGUGGUUGCACGACACGUUGCUAGCUGCAGAACAGGCAAACGAGCGGGUCCACAUCUUGGCACAUGUGCCUUCGUAUGACGAUUCCUGCUUUAUCGGUUGGACACGCGAAUAUCGCAAGAUUGUCGAACGCUUUGCACACAUCAUUGCGGGGCAGUUUAAUGGACAUUCGCAUGUGGAUGAGUUCAAUCUAUACUAUAAACGAGACGAUCCAUCACGUGCGGUCAGUGUGGCGUGGAACGGUGGAUCAACGACUACCUUUACCAAGCUUAACCCGAACUACAAGGUGUUCCAGUUCGAUCCAGUUACGUUUGUACCCGUCGAACAAGAGACCUGGAUGUACAACCUUACCGAAGCGAAUCUAACACCCGAUCGACGACCCUCUUGGUAUCGUAUGUACUCUUUUAAGAACCACUAUCAGCUGUCGGAUCUCAGCGUGAACUCUCUACAACGUCUCGUGCAACAGUUUGCUCAGUCCGAGUCGCAACUACAACGGUAUUGGCAAACGAAGCAAAAAUUUUCCGAUCCGCUAAUACGUGAAGGAUGCACGGGAACCUGUUUGAGAAAUGCGCUAUGCGCUAUUGUUCGUACUGAGCACGCAGACGAAACAGCCUGCGAGCUUUUAUAUGAACGUGCAAUGCAAACGAAUGCAUCCACCGCGGUUUCUAGGAAAUAGUUCGGCUUAGAUUUUGUGAUUUUUAAGCAGAAUUUGGAAAAAUUGUACUAUUUUGAAGGUGUGAACAAUGCUAAUACUU